AGUCUGAACGGCAAACAGCAAAUUAAAAUCAACGCAGAAAUUUUUGAGAGAAAAAAAUUAAUAAAAGAAAUCAUGCAUUGUGCUGUGGCCUCACUUCCCAGCUCUCCGAUGUUCACGCCGUCGCCAAGAAAUCUGUCGCCGAUUUGCUGCAAGACGGCGACCUCACCUCCGCCUCCUCCCCCGGCCUCGCCGUCUUUGUUUGCGAAUAAUAAUACUAAGCAUAUUAGGAAGCUGUUGAAUCGAGGGGACGACGGCGAUUUGGGGUCGUCGAAGGUGCCGCCGAUGCUGAAGAGGAAGAGACCUAUGCGGAUUGAUGUUCCGGUGGCGAGUGUAGGGUUUGAGGAUGUGAAGGCGAAGUCGGAUGUGGAUAGUUCAAAUUGGAUGGAAUUUGAAGGGGAGGGGUACUCGGUGUACUGUAAGAGGGGGAAGCGGCGGGGAGAUAUGGAGGACAGAUACUCUGCCGCGGUUGGCCUUCAAGGGGAUUCGAAACAGGCAUUCUUUGCUGUAUUCGACGGUCAUGGAGGAGCGGGGGCUGCAGAAUUUGCAGCAAAGAACUUGGAGAAGAACGUUAUGAAAGAGGUGUCCAAGCAAAGUUCAGAGAUCGCCAACGCCGUGAAGCAGGGGUACCUCACAACCGAUUCAGAUUUUCUGAAGGAAGAUAUCCAAGGCGGGACUUGCUGCGUUACUGCAGUGGUAUGCAAAGGAGAUCUAGCAGUCUCUAAUGCUGGAGAUUGCCGUGCCGUUAUGAGCCGUGGAGGAGUUGCUGAGGCACUCACUGUGGAUCAUAGGCCAUCUCUAGAAGAUGAACGGGAGAGAAUCGAGAGUCUGGGCGGUUAUGUGGACUGCUGCCAUGGCUUUUGGCGAGUGCACGGAUCCCUUGCAGUAUCACGAGCAAUAGGAGAUCGACAUCUCAAACAGUGGGUGAUUGCUGAACCGACCACCAAAGUUUUCAAGAUUAGACCCGAGUGCGAGUUCCUAAUCCUGGCAUCCGAUGGCCUAUGGGACAAUGUUGGCAAUCAGGAAGCAGUCGACGUUGUCCGAUCGCACUGUGUAGACGUAGACAGGCCAGAGCCAUUUUCUGCCUGCAAGAAACUCAUGGAUUUGGCACUAACAAGAGGAUCCCUUGAUGACAUUAGUAUUAUGGUUAUUCAAUUAACUCAAUUCAUCUCAUAACUUGCUUUUACUGGAAUAUCUUUAAAAUCCUGUAAAUGUUUUGUUGCCCGUUUUUCCUGAUAGAAUUAAAAUAGCUUUUGCAAAAUGAUUUGGUAGCGCAGAUACAUAGGAGAUAUAAUUGUACAUUGUUUCGAUCCUACAGGGUCGAUUCUUGAGUUUUUAGCAAACCAUAGCUUCCAA